GCGUGGGGCCCGGGGAGGGCUCCUCUGGCGCCCCUUGCAAGGCCCCUUUGCAAGGCUGCCCGUGUGUCCUUACUCGUUACUUUGCUUUAUCAUAUACCUAGCUGUCUAGCCAUCCCUGUGUCCUUCCAUGCCUUGUGCACCCCCGCUGUAUGGCCCACUGCUCAUCCCAACCGAGUUGGGGUGUUGGGAAGCGGGGCGCUGCUAACUCGUCCCUCUCCAAGCCUGGGCAGUAGCAGAGUGUUGCUGGAAUGGCUCGGACUUUGGAGGCCAGGAAUCUUGAGCUGGAAUCCCCGCUGUGGCCUUUCUUUGCUGUGUGACUUUGGACGCCUCGCUGAAUCUCCACUUUGCUUCUUCCUUUGCAAAAGGAAAAUUUCAUUCAGCGAAUCGUUAAGACGCUCCAAAGACGCCACGCUAGGCGCUUUGAUGAGCACAUUGGCUCCACGUGAGAAAAGACCCCUGUCCUCUUGGAGGUUGCUUUCAGGGGGGAAAUAGGCAAUGCACGGAUUUUUUUUAAGUGAUAACUCAGCGGUAACUGCAGCGAAGAAAGUAAGGUUGGAAUCGCCUUUAGCCAAGGCCAAGUUUUGCAACAAGCCUUUGUUCCUCUGCCCAGAUGUCCAAGAUAACAUCCACUAUGGUCUCCAAGGACAUGAUUUACAACAUGUCUGACACCCACCAUCCUGGUUUCUGUCCAUAGGAGUCUGACUGCUCUGGGGACCUCAUAGAACAUCCUGGAGUCCACGGACAAUAGUUCUACUUCAGUCAUUGAAGAAAAAAAGGAAAAAUGCAGGAACACAGUGCCCGAGAUUGUUCCUGACCAUGAGGCUAAUCCUUUCCACAUGUCUGGAGACGUGGAUUUCUUCUUGCUCAGAGAUCAGGAGCGGAAUAAGUCUCGCCUAGAGCGGGAGCAGAAGAAGACGCUGCGGAUGCACCAAAAGAUGACCUACGCGUCCAAAGUGUUGGCCAAGCACACCAGACUGCGUCGCGAGCUGCAGCUGGAGGACGAGAUGCAGGACCAGGAGGUGCGAGCCGAGGCGGAGCGGCUGCGCGCCUUCCACGACGACACGGCGUGGAAACUCUCCAUGACCAAAGAAAAGAAGAUGGAAUCUGAUAACCUGAACAACUACAUCAACCAGAAGCGCCAGAUGUUCCGCAUCCAGUACGCCCUGGACAUGAAGCAGCAGGAGAUCCAGCGGCUGGAGCUGCUGGUGACCAAGGAGGAGGCAGAGCUGGAACGGGCAGAAAGGUCCCUGGAGAAUGACGCCGCCCUGUUCGAGGAGUUCCUCCGGGAGAAUGAUCGGAGCUCGGUGCAGGCCCUGAAAGCGGCUGAGAAGGAGACCAAAGCAAAGGUGGAGAAGAUCUUGGAAAUCCGUGACCUGACCACCCAGAUCAUGAACAUCAAAAGCGAGAUCUCCAAAUUUGAAGACACUUUGCAGCAUUACAAGGCCUACAAGGACUUCCUGUACAAGCUGUCGCCCAAGGAGUGGUUGGAAGAGAGGGAGGAGAAGCGUUUGGCUCUCAAAAAAGCCAAGGAGGUCACUGAGCCCCCCAUAGAGAACACUUUACACUCCACGAUCCGGGACAAAGGACCAGGGACCAAGGGCAAGACAGGCUCCAGAGAGGGGCAGGGCCCAAAGAAGUUCUGGAAGUUCCUGCAGGUGGCGCAGCUGGGGCAGAUCCCGUCCAACACCCUGAACCUCCAGCAUAGAAGCCAGGCCAGUGUGUAUAGCGGGCUGAACGCCAAAGGGUCAGACUCUACCACCACUAUGACUGAGGACUCAGACAGCGACGGGGAGGAGCUGGACCUAUACUUCACGGAGCCCCAGCAGCUCCUGGACAUCUUCACGAAGCUAGAGGAGCAGAACCUGUCGCUCAUCCAGAACACGCAGGAGAUGGAGGAGACCCUGGAGGAUCUGAACUGCACCCUGAAAAACACCCAGAUCCGCAUGGACAGGGAAGUCAACCAGCUGAAGCAGUGGGUCAACACGCUGAUGACGUCCAUCGCCAAGGAAGAGGAGACAGUGGCCGAGCUGCAGCUCAAAGCUCGAGUGUUCCACUUCGGCGAGUACAAGGGCGCUCAGGAGGACAAGCUUCUGGAAAGCCUGAACCGCAAGGUGCUGGACGUGUACCGGCACUGCAUCGGCACCCAGCAGGAGUCCAACCUGGGCACUGUGCAGAUGCUCACCAUCAUCGAGCACUACCUGAACGAGCUGCUCGAACACCUAGAACAUGUACCCCAGGUCAAGAUCGAGCAGGCUGAGAAGGCCAAGGAGAAGGAACGCCGCAUGAGACUCCGAGAAGAGAAGGUGCUGAUGCAGAAGCAGCUGCAGGAGGAGCGUCUGCAGCGGGCCCAGGCUCGGGCCCAGGCGGAGAUCAAGAAGAAGAAAGCCGCAAAAGAUCCUGGCAACCAACCCAGUGGGUCUCCAUUCAAUGCCUACCUCAGUAAAACAAGCCUCAGAAAGCCAGAAGCUUCUGACAGUCUUACUAACAAAGCCAAAGAGUUGUAAGGCAUCCACACCUGGAGGACAUAGACGGGCAAAUCGACAGCCAACAGGGGGUGGAAGGCGGAAGGCUGCGGGCUGAGAACCAAUGGUGAGACGGCUUCACCUGAGGGGUCGUCCUGGGGAGGCAACAGCACGUGUUUCAUUUACCAGCCAUGGCAACAUUCCUUGCCUUGGCCUGAGGAGUCCCUGUCAGUGUGCUACACCCACCCACCCCGGAUUCCAGGCAGGGCAACACGGGGAGCCACGUGAGGCCUGAGGACCCAGCAGUAACUGGAACUGGGUAGGGGGCUGCCUGCCCUUCCUCCUGGUCCUCAGCCUCUCAUCUUGCUCCCAGCUGGAGACCCAUACCACCUGCCAUCUGGCUGUCCCCCGCUCCCAGGCCCUUUCCCUGGAGCUCCCCCCAACUCAAUACCGCCCCUCAGUCUCGGCUGUUUCUCAAUAUUGGCGGAGGCUCCCAGCCCCUCCAGCUCUCCAGUGGCCGCCUCACCCUACACAGGAAGGCCCCCCUCUGCCCCAGCCCACCGUCGAGAAGGGAUAAGAGGGCACAGGUCUCCUGCAAGGGGGAGGCUCCUAGGACCCUAAUCAUGCAAGUAAGAAAAGGGACACUGGCUACCAUUUCAGCUUCAUUGGCAUGCCUGGCCCACAGCCCCGCCACUCAACUCCUGGUGCCGGUGCCACUGUCAACACCAUCAUUCCCACUUCUUAGACAAUAAAACUGAGGCCCGGCGUACGUAAGUAGCUUGCCCCAGACAACACUAGCUGGAGAGGGAAAGGCAGAGAAUCAAAAGUGAGUUUUCUCCACCUCAAAGCUCACACCUUCUAUCGGGUGUCUCUUAAACAGCAGCUCCUCCCUUUGCAACGGGCGCCUUUUCUGCAACGGUGCCAGCUUUCCUGGGGGAAAGCACCUUAAACAUAAAGGCUACGUCCUCCGUCGCGCUGAGCACCCCCCACACACAGGGGCGCCAAGCUGCCUGAGGAAGCCCCUUCCGCCCCCCCACUGAGAAGACAAGUGAGGUCUGGGGAAGGGCAGGCAGGGGAGGGUGAGGAGUCAGGCACCACAAGGCGUCCUCUGGCCAGCCUCGGGCAGCCCUUACGACUGCUAGGAGGCCUCAGGCAGGAGUGGGGCACGGCACCCCCACUUCACAGAACUCCAAGUGAGGUGUGGCACGCAGACCGCACGGGGGCAGUUCAGACACUGAAGCGUCGAUCCUCGUAAGGAUGAAAGCUCGGACAAGUACAGAGAGACAGGACAGGAGGACAGGAGGAGCUGGGGUGACAGAGCGAUCAUCCAGUGCUUGGGAUGGUUAGAAGUCGAGAGGCGGUUAGAAGUCUCUCAGUUCCUGAGAGGAAGGAGCACUGGACAGCUGCAGGCCCAGGGAGAUGCAGCCUGAAGCCUGGCCCCCGGCUGCCGCCCGGCCAGCGUCCUCCUGGCGACCAGUGUCCUCCUGGCUCGCUGGGUCUUACC